AAUUAAUUAAUCGACAUUAUGCCAAGAUCGAAAGUGAGAAUUGCCUUUAAAGUACUGAAUGUGGUAACUGGGAUCAUUUGUUUCGUUGUGUUAAUCCUUGGCGGUAUAUUACUUUGGUCGAAAGUUAGCGUGAAUAUUAUACAACCCCAGUUGAUGAAGUUAAGAGUGGAGAUUAACUACAAUAGUGCACCAUUGCGGAGUGGAUUGAAAUAUACUAUUAGAAAUUUACUUAAUCCGAUUUUCUUCCCAGCUAUUGUCACAUCAGCCUGUUAUGUAUGCUUAUGCGUAUAUGGAUACUUUAUAUCGUUCAAUCGAAGCGCAACAUUUUUUCUCAUAUAUGAAGUGCUCUUCUCAGUUUGUGUCAUUGUACACUUCUCUAUGGUGGUUGCAUUUUUGAAGGAUUCAAGUUCUAUCGUUAAAUAUGCGGAAAGAGAUUUGGAAAAGUUGGUUAAUGCCUAUGUGUCUUUAUCUAGUAUGAGACCGGGCAGUUUACUCCUUGGAUACAUUAUGAUGCAACUACAAUGCUGUGGAUUCAGAGAUGGAUAUGACUUUUAUGAUUCAGCACAUUUUGGUGUUGAAGACGUUUAUGACGGCGUUAAAUAUGAAGACUUAUUAGUGCCAGUCCCAUGCUGUAAAAUGAACAGAACCUAUCAAUUAUUGGAUCCUCAAUGUCCAGAAGACAAUUCAACAAGCAUUCAUCAAUAUACUAGAGGAUGUCGUCAGCCAUUUUCAAACACUUUUGUAAAAUAUGUAAUGUACUUCGCCUAUAGUUCUACAUUUGUCAUCUUACUUGGAAUUUCCAUGAUCGCCUGCUGUGUACUCGUACUCAAGGAGUUAUGGACUGUAAUAUAGCCGUGUAACACCGAUUAUAACUGAUAGAGUGAAGAGUACACUACUUGUGUGUGCGUGUGUGUGUCUGUUGUUUAAUUUCAUGCUACAUCUCAGCUUAUUUUGUAUGUGUGUGAGUCUAGAAACAAUCAAUAAUUAAUCUCCAGCUUCACAAUGUGUAUAUGCCGUCAACAUAUUCACGUGGAAACUGGAAGCAUAUUGGCGAAACGAAGCCAGAUCAACCUAUGUCUCUGCACUUAUCUACUUAUCAUUAUUAGUUAAAUAAUAAUGAUAAUAAUAAUUUUAACUAUUUCCAACUUGUUGAAUAAAGAUAUAAUUUUGCUGAUUGUGCUGAUUGCUGAUUGUACGCAUAUUGAGAAUGAAAUCGCACAAUAAAAAAGAUACUGUUUUCAGAACUUCUGC